AUGUUUGCGUCAGCAGAUACGUACCUCUUUCAUUUUCCAUUACUUGUUAGUUACAGAGCGGCUGGGAAGGGUGUUUGGUUCGCUGGUUCAGGGUCAGGUCGGCUGAGUAAGAUGGAUGGUGUUGAUCCGGAUAUCCUCUUGGAGUGGUUGCAAACAGGGAUUGGAGAGGAAAGAGACAUUCAGCUAAUGGCAUUGGAACAACUCUGUAUGCUUCUACUAAUGAGUGAUAACAUCGAUCAAUGUUUUGAAAGCUGUCCCCCGAGAACUUUCCUUCCUGCCCUGUGUAAGAUAUUUCUUGAUGAAACAGCUACCGAGAAUGUGCUAGAGGUUACUGCACGAGCAAUAACGUAUUAUCUUGAUGUAUCAAAUGAAUGCACUAAAAGAAUAACACAGGUGGAUGGCGCUGUUAAAGCUAUUUGUAAUAGACUAAAAGUUGCGGAAAUGAGCAACCGCACCAGCAAAGAUUUGGCUGAACAGUGUGUGAAAUUAUUGGAACAUAUCUGUCAGAGAGAAGCAUCUGCUGUCUAUGAUGCUGGUGGAUUACAGUGCAUGUUAACAUUAGUCCGUCAGCAUGGACAGUAUGUGCAUAAGGAUACUAUUCAUUCUGCUAUGUCUGUAAUUACAAGACUAUGUUGCAAAAUAGAACCAAAUGAUUCUGCUUUGCCAGAAUGCAGUGCUAAUUUAGGAGUCCUUCUAGAGCACGAUGACUCGAAGGUAUCUGAAUGUGCUUUACGUUGUUUUGCAACCCUUACUGAUCGAUUUAUCCGUAAAUCCAUGGAUCCUAUAGAAAUGGCACGACAUGGAAAUCUUGUUGAACAUUUACUCAAGUCCUUGGUUCCUUCACAUAUUGCAGCCAAAUUAUCCACUACAUCAUUUUGCCAAAUUAAAAAUAUAGCUCAAUCUGGAUCUGUCGUAUUAAGUGAUUCAGUUAUGUCACCAACAUCAUUCAGUUUGAACCGACCAACUUCAUUUACUUCAGUUGUUAUUUUAUUGCUUAGUAAUUUAUGUCGUGGUUCGCCUACCGUUACAGAACAAGUUGUAAGCUGUCCAAUAUUUCUUUAUGCGCUGAAGGCAGUCUGGAGUAGUAAAGAUGAACGAUGCAUUAUGGAUGCAUUGCGUCUGUGUGACCUUCUUGUAGUACUUCUGUGUGAAGGGCGUCAUGCUUUACCGAAAAACAUGAUUUCUUCUAUUACUAGUCGUAAUGAAACAGGUUCAAAUUUCUUUGAUCGUUCACAUCGACACCUUAUCGAUGCGAUUCGUCAACGUGAUACCGAUGCUUUGAUUGAUGCUGUUGAUUCGGGACAGGUAGAUGCAAAUUUCACUGAUGAUGUAGGACAAACUUUGCUUAAUUGGUCUUCCGCAUUUGGUACUCCUGAAAUGGUAACAUAUCUAUGCGACAAGGGUGCUGAUGUAAACAGGGGCCAACGAUCUUCAUCAUUGCAUUAUGCAGCUUGUUUUGGUAGAUCAGAUAUAGUGAAAAUUUUGUUGAAGCACGGAGCUAAUCCGGAUCUUCGUGAUGAAGAAGGUAAAACACCAUUGGAUAAAGCUCGUGAAAGAAAUGAAAACGAACAUCAAAUUGUAGCAAGCAUUUUGGAAAAUCCUGACCCAUUCAUAUUCAAUAAAGAUAAUGGAAAAAAAAUGGAGGAAAAGGUUGAAAUUUCGAAAGAGGUCUGCAGUGAGAAGAUUGACCAUAAAACUGUUCGUCAGUUACUGGAACAGCUUUUACCAGUUUUAUGUGAUGUGUUUGAGCGAUCACUUGAUGCCAAUGUGCGUAAAUCUAGCCUAUCAUUGCUUCGUAAAGUGGUCCAUCAUAUAUCACCUGAAUCACUGCAGUCAUUGAUCAAAUGUGGUAGUGGUUCUCAUGCCUCAAUGACAUUGAAGUUUUCGCAUGGACAACAGCUUACUGAAAGUCUUGUCAACGUUUUAAUAACAGCUAUGGAACAUGAAGAUGAUGAUACAGAAUCACACGAGAAUGUUUUACAGAUUAUAAAAUCUCUCCUCAACAAAAAUGCGGAAUAUUGGCUCGAUCAACUGGUUCGUGUUGGAGUCUUUGAGAAAAUAGAAUCCAUUACAAACCAUUCAGCGCCAUCAGCUAAGGUUGUAACAGUGAUGAUUAUUGAUGAAAAAGGUCGCAUAUCGAAAUCAUCGUCUCUCACGGUUACCGAUGGUGUGCUUAAAAAACUGCUGGAGAUUUCACCGGGUUCGUUUACAUUAAAUAAAAGUUUUGAUUCAACCAGUGAACAAAAUCGAGAAAAGCAUUUACCAGCAAGUUCCAGUGAUGGAAAUGUGUUACUUUCAGCAAUCAAGUCCACAAUUAAAAUCCAUGAUCGUAAUGAACUCGACACUUCCAACGAAUUUGCUGCUGGUAGUUCAUGCAUUACACAGCUAGCAUUACCAGCCAUAGCAAAUGCUGUUGAUCCUGCUUCCAGUAUUUCGGUUAAAAAUCAGUUUAUAAUUAAUAAUCAAUAUCGUAUUAAUCUUUCUAUAGCAUUAAAUGAUCAGUGGGAAAUUGUUGAAAAUAAUAUGUAUCGAUGGAAAGGUUGGAGACUGGUCAAAAGUUGGGAUUCGUUUUUCAUUUGGAGUGAUGCUGUAGCGGUGGAAUUUAGCAGUGGGGAUCCAGAGGCUGGUAGUCAUGACAGUACUGAGGCUCGUUGUGAGUUUCUAGAUAAACUUACCAAAACCUAUAAUACUGUGGUACCAGGCAGUGUUGUUUACUCGAUAUUUAGCGCUCCGAAUUCUAACAAAAUGAUAGAGAUUGGAAAUUGGGUUUUGACUUCACUGAAAGCGGGAGAACUGAUCAUAACGAGUCGUAAUGGAAAUCAGCAACGUCUGAUCAUCGUGGAAGAUUUACCAGGAUUAGACUUUGUUACCAGUUCUGCUGUACGAGAUGGUGUACGUUGUCUAUGCUUCCGCACUGAAACUCAGAGGACAAAAUUGCAAGAAAUGGCAGUAGAAAUUUGGAAUAAGUACUUGAGAGAGGCACAUUCAAAGCCACGAGAUGCAUUAGUCGAAUUGAAAAAAGCAUCGCUUAUAGUUAAGGAGAUUUGUGGACGAAACGAUGACUUAGUACCAGAACACAUCCUUUUGGAAUUAGAAAAAGCGUUGAAGUGCAUGCAUGCUUCUGUUGUGAAAGAUCGAUUAUUAUCAACUUUUGAGUUGUCGAUAUCCGGAAUUGUUGAUGCUUUAUUAGCAUUUCUGAAGAUUAUAGAAAAGUGUUCAAAUCAAAAUUUGCUAAUAAUUUUUCGGAAGGUGUUUGCAGACCAAAGCUCUCUUUCGGCUCUUAUUGGUAAAAUAGUAUCGAUUCUAGAUACAGUUGAGAAAUUCCCUCAGUAUCUUUAUGACACUCCUGGCGGAUCAUCAUUUGGCUUACAAUUGGUAAAUCGCCGCAUAAAAUUAAGAAUGGAACAGUUGAAUCCAAAUACACCCUCUCAGAUACAACUAUUGGAUCGGUCGGGUAGGACUAUGAAAGCAGAACCAUUAACUACAGUGAAGCAGUUGAAGAGUUAUAUCUCACGAAUGGUUUCCAAGCAGUGGUAUGAUCAGGCUCGUGAAACUUUUCAUUUCAUCAAAAAAAUAAGUGAGGCAAAGAGAAAUGGUUCAAAAAUCUCGUUCACUUAUACUAGUGAUUUUGAUGAUAAAGGUAUUAUAUAUUGGCUUGGAACAAAUGGCAAUGCUGUAACUGAAUGGAUAAAUCCAGCAAGUGUAAAUAUUGUAAUUGUAACCAGCUCUGAUGGGGAGCGCUUGCCUUAUGGACGGCAUGAAGACAUUCUUAGUCGGGAUUCAAACGCUCUCAAUUGUCAUACUUCGGAUGAUAAGAAUGCAUAUUUCACCAUUGACUUCGGUAUUUAUUUCUAUCCCAAUAAUUAUACCCUUCGACAUGCUCGUGGUUAUGGACGAUCAGCUCUUCGUAAUUGGCUUCUACAGGGUUCACGUAACGGUCUAACAUGGGAUGUACUUUUUAUACAUGAGAACGAUACAGCUCUGAAUUAUCCAGGAUCCACGGCCACGUGGACUCUUCUUUGUACUACAGGUCCAUAUCGAUAUAUUCGAAUUGCACAGAAUGGAAAAAAUGCUAGCAAUCACAAUCAUUUUUUGUCGCUUUCUGGUUUUGAAAUAUAUGGGGAUGUAGUUGAUGCAGUAGUUGAUAAUUUCGGAAUUUUGAAUGAGAGCACUAAGACAUCCAACAAUGAUCCAAAAGCUGCUAAACGAGUGAAGAAAUGUCUCAUUCCUCACAAGGAAUUAAUAUCGACAGAUAUUAGCCCUGUUGCAGCUUCACCAGCUGUGAAUAAUUUUGGUGUCAAUUUAAGUACAGCUCUCAAUGAUGCUAGUAAUUUACGCACGCCUGCAAUUCAAACCAAUAAUAAAUUUUCAAAUGUGGCUGUGGGAGCCGAUACGAUGCAUAGUUCUUCGAAUGCUAUGAAAAAUAGAAUAUUUCGUUAUCGGCGUAGCUCCCGUCUACUAGCAGCUAGUAUGGGACGAGGAGUUCGUGUAAUCAAUACAUCUGAUACAGUGGCAUGUCCAAUUGGUAGCCGUGUGGUUAGAGGUCCGGACUGGAAAUGGGACAAUCAGGGAAAUAACACAGAAGGCACAGUAAUGUCUGUUGUGGACAACGGCUGGGUAGAUGUUCAGUGGGAUGAUCGUACAUCCAAUUCUUAUCGCUUUGGUGCUGAUGGAAAGUAUGAUAUUGAAUUGAAGCCUGGUGAAUGGACUUCAGUAAGUCUUACAUUUGGUAACAUCUGUAAGUCAUACCGACAUUUAAAUUGUUUGUGUAAUUUUUUUAAAACAAUUGAUGAGCAAAGUUCUUGUUUUAGAAGACAACUUCCUCCAGUUCCUCCAGCGUAUAGGGAUCCUAGCCCUUUACGCAUAUCAGACAAAUCAAAGCAUGCUAAUGUUGCUCUUUCUCAAUACUGUCAAAAUGUCACUCCCUAUAGCGAUGCAGAGAUGAGUGGUGCUAAUCAAGACAUCUCUCGUUUAUUUCUUCAAAACGAUUCGCAGAAACGCCAUAAUAAAAUGGUCAUGAACGAUGUGAGUUGUAUAGGAUCACAACAAUCGGAAACUAGUAUCGAUGGAUAUGAAAAUAUUUCCGACCCUAAGGUCAUUGCUGUAAGCCAGCCAUCUUCAGCGAUUUCACAGAAAUCAAUGUCAACCACCAAUUUAUUUGAUGGGACUGAAACAGAAAAACGGACAUCAGUAGCAUCAACAAAUCAAGCGGCAAGUGCAGAAUCCUUGCAGCAUCAGACACCCUCAUUAGAAAAUUUAUUAGCACGUUCGAAGAUAUUUGAUGAUCGAAUUCUAGAAGUCGUUUCUGAUGAAGUCCGUGCAGAAAAUCAAUGUGUUGCCGUGGAUACGGAUCAAGAAAGUGUUUCCACUAAUAAUGUUGGUUUGAAUCUUAGUUUUGAUAGUUUCGAUGGAGCUGUUGCUGUUAUCGAACAAACACCAAGUGCAAAUAUUUCUGUGGCAGCAAGCACAUGCGCAGGAGGAUCACAGCCUGCCCUUUUUGGUCGAUAUCGUGAAUCUUUUGAAAAAACUCGAUGCGAUGAACAGCGUGACACUAGUUCAUAUCCUCGAGAAUCCGUCGGAUCUUUUGUACAGAAUGAUUCUGCGCCAAAGAACACUAGUAAUGCAACUCCAUCAUCAGUUGCAAGCACACGAAAUUUGACAAACUUGAGUGUAAGUGCUCCAAAUUUGGUUCUAUUACGACAUCUGCAGCAGUCUGCUGUGAAUUUAAAUACAGACCAAGUUUCUGCAUCUGGUGAAAAUGAUUUGGUACGAACCGUUUUGCAAGAUUUGGCCAAUGAUCCAUCUCGAUUUCGUAGUUUACGUCGUUUGGCUCUCACGGGAAAUGGUACAACUUUAAUAACUGAUGAUAUUGAUAAUGGUGGGCUUUCUUUCAAGGUUUUUGGAAAUUUCAGCGUUUGUGAUGAUUGUUGCUAUGGUUAGCG